AUGGCUGGCUUAUUGCGAAUUUUCAAGAGCAAGAAGGCGAAAAAAGAGGAGGAAGACAAUAGUGAAGAUUUGGUAAGUUCUCCUACUGCAAACUCUCUAGCAAAUUUCCACUUUUCAGGCUCGUGAGGUGUCAAAUCGCCGUUCUUUCCGUGCACCAAGUUCCUCGUCGAAAUCACAAAGACGGCUUGUCGCCCACUUCGCCGAAGACGCGCCCCUCUCUGCCACCGCCGCCUACCAUACCACAAAUGCACCCAAACUUCGCAAAGGACCACAAAGCUGUCCGGGCGGGUAUCAGGAUGAGUCGGAUCAAUCGUUCGAGUCUGAGAAGCACUCGAAGAAGAGCAGUGCAGCGAGAAGGCGUGACGUACUCAGUCAGUCUAUGCGCCAGAAUUACACGAUCGACGAGGGAGGCCGCAGCAAAUCAAGCGGCGGAAGACGUCAUCACAGCGGCCGUGGAGACUUCAGAAGACGUGGCGAAUCGUCGGAAUACGGCAGUGGUGAUCCGUCGCCAGUCGGACAGUACAGCAGUCGGCACUCGCACUACGAAGACCGAAUUGAAGAGUCGGAGAACGACGAUUUCACCGAGAAGGACCAGUUUGCGGUAUGUAUUUCCAUUAGAAGUUUAUUCGAAACGUUUUGCGCUGCAGGUCCUGGAACGAUCACAGAAGUACUAUAUGCAGAAGUACAAAGAGUCGGAACUGAAGCGACGGGAGGAGAAGAGGCGGUUUAAAGACAUGGAAAGAGACAAUAACGACACGAAAAACAGAUUGCUCAAUAUGAUGCAUCAGUUGGACAACAUGAAGAAGGAGCGCGAUUACUACAGAAAAGAGCUGAGUCGCACCAAGAAGCAACUCGAAGCAACACAGAUUUCUCAAAACAACGGGUUUGACGUGAGUUUGUGUGCCGCCUGUAACCAUUCUAUUUCCUCCUCUUUUUCAGUCCUACAAUCUUCUUCGUCAGCAGCAAGCACACCAGAAUCCGCAGCAGUUCCCGCAGAGUCUCACGAUGCCGUACAGCUUCAUCAAUCAGUCGAUGACCUCUUCGCAUCUCCAUCAGCCAAACUACAUGAUGACUGCGCCGCCAUCGAGCAACACGCCCGUCACGAUGACGAGCGGCGGUGCGGGCGAAUCGCUGACGAACCCGUCGGACGUCAGCUUCUUGCACAGUUCAUUCCUGCAGCAGUCGUCGCAAGUGAUGACCGGAACGACUCCUUCUCCUGCUUUCAAGGGUUCGUACGCCAAUUCGCUUAACUCGGCCACUCACUCUGAUCUCUAUUGAACUUUCUUCGAUAAACUCUUCUCUUCCCACUCUAACUGUUUGUUUUUCAGUUCCUUCCUUCCCACACGAAGAAGAGAACGACGAGAUAAAGAACUUCCGUGGCGACCUGCAGAUCGAGAUGGCUCGUGAUUGUGCGGACGCCGACCACAUCAGCAUUUCUCCGUCCAGUUCUGCAGACAGUCAGGUCACUCUGCUCGAUCAGUCGACAAUCGACAAAGAGAACCGAAAGCCGCCGACUCGCCCCUUCUCGAUGAUGUCUAUCUGA